CAACACCGCCAAGAUGGGUAUGUCAUUUUCGAAACUCCUCGAUAAGUUAUGGUUUGGCAAGAAAGAGAUGCGAAUUCUCAUGGUCGGUCUCGAUGCUGCCGGAAAGACCACCAUCCUGUACAAACUGAAACUUGGCGAGAUUGUCACAACCAUCCCCACCAUCGGAUUCAACGUUGAAACUGUCGAAUACAAGAACAUUCAAUUUACUGUGUGGGAUGUCGGUGGUCAGGACAAGAUCCGACCACUGUGGAGACACUACUUCCAGAACACCCAGGGUAUCAUCUUCGUCGUCGACAGCAACGAUCGUGACCGUGUCGUCGAGGCCAGGGAAGAGUUGCAGAAGAUGCUCAACGAAGACGAGCUACGGGAUGCUCUACUCCUCGUCUUCGCUAACAAACAGGAUCUGCCCAACGCCAUGAGCCCGGCCGAGAUCACCCAACAGCUUGGUCUACAGACCUUGACACGACGUGCCUGGUACAUCCAAUCCACUUGCGCCACCACUGGAGAUGGUCUCUACGAGGGUCUUGAAUGGCUUGCCGGUGCCCUGAAGAAGGCUGGUUACGAGUAAAUGCCUCUCUAUUAUAAUGGUUAAUGUGAAUCCUCAUAUCUGCAGACAUUAUCACUGUAUCAUGAUGGCGCAGAACAUAGGGAGGCUUGGGACACGGGACAUGUUUUUUUAUCAUAGGUCUUGUUGCUAUUUUCCUUUGCCCUGUGUGAAAACAAACUCUUUUUACC